AUGGAAAUGACGACACGAUUUACGAAGGGUGGAAAGUCCUUAAGAGACUCUUCUGGCACACGACAGCAAAUCUACCUGCACACAUAUUAUAUAGAAUUACAACAUCAAACACAUAGUUCUAAAGCACAUCAAGUGCUGUACCUGGGCCAUUUUAAGCCCCUCCGGCCGAGGCCUUCCCUGGCCUAUCUCCCCAGAGUCUCACAUUCUCGGACCUCGAAUCCCGUCCUACACUCUACACUCCCAUUCUUCACUCUGGACUCCCACUCCUCACUCUACACUCACACUCUUCACUCUACACUCCCACUCCUCACUCUGGACUCACACUCCUCACUAUACACUCCCACUCCUCACUCUGGACUCACCCUCCUCACUCUGGACUCUACACUCCCAUUCUUCACUCUGGACUCCCCCUCCUCACUCUACACUCACACUCUUCACUCUACUCUCCCACUCCUCACUCUGGACUCACCCUCCUCACUCUACACUCCCACUCCUCACUCCGGACUCCAACUCCUCACUCUACACUCUCACCCCUCCCUCUACACUCUCACCCCUCACUCUACACUCUCACCCCUCACUCUACCCUCCCACUCCUCACUCUACACUCCCACUCCUCACUCUACACUCCCACUCCUCACUCUGGACUCCCACUCCUCACUCUACACUCCCACUCCUCACUCUGAACUCCCAAUCCUCACUCUGGACUCCCAAUCCUCACUCUACACUCACACUCCUCACUCUACACUCCAACUACACUCCCACCCCUCACCCUACACUACCACCCCUCACUCUACACUCACACUCCUCACUCUGGACUCACACUCCUCACUCUACACUCCCACCCCUCACUCUACACUCCCACUCCUCACUCUACACUCCCACUCCUCACUCUGGACUCCCACUCCUCACUCUACACUCCCACUCCUCACUCUGAACUCCCACUCCUCACUCUACACUCCCACUCCUCACUCUGAACUCCCACUCCUCACUCUACACUCCCACUCCUCACUCUGA